AAUUUAAUGAGGUACGUGGCACUUGUGUUUUACUAGUACCUCUCGGACUUUUUUUUUUGGUCAUUAGGGUCUAAUUUGAGAACAGUUACUCCGUCUAAACACAUUAAAAAAAUAUGUUAAUUUGCAGUCAACAAUUACGUGUGCAUUUGAUACGCUUGGAUUUUCUUUCUGGUAUGGCUGUAACAAAAUAUUUUGUGAUUUUUGGACUAUUGUGUUUCUUUACGGAUGGAAAAAAAUGUCCCACUGACUGUCAUUGCUAUGACGACGAAAUUGACUGUUCCAGAAAUCAGCUAUUAGAAAUUCCUACAGAAAUACCAGAAACUGCCCGAACUCUCAAAAUGAACUUUAAUCAAGUGAGUACUUUGGAUGCUAAAAUCACUUUACCUUUGAGGAAUCUGAGAAAUCUGGAAUUACAUAGUAAUGCUCUUCAUGAUAUCAAACCUGAAACCUUUGUGGCGAUGAACAACUUGGAAAAACUGGUAAUUUCUAAAAACUCCUUAAAGAGUCUCCCAAAAAAAACGUUUUUUCAAAUGAGGAAUCUAAAAACUCUACUUCUAAAUGAAAACCUUCUUGAAACAAUUGAUGGGGCAAUCUCAGACUUACGAUCUCUGGAAAUGUUAGAUUUAUCGAGAAAUCGGCUAACACAACUAACUGCCAAAGCUUUCGUGAAUUUACCUAAACUUCGGAACCUAAAAUUAGGCCAUAAUGACAUUGUUUCCAUUGCCAUGGAUACAUUUACAUCCCUGACGUCGAUGAUAAUGCUGGACCUUGGAAACAAUCCGCUGCGUAGUUUAGAUGGAGUUUUAUCCUCGGACUCAAACUUGUCACUGCUUGGUAUCAAGAAAUGUCAACUUUCAACCUUCCCCUCAGGGUUACCUCGAUCAGUUCAAUUUAUUGACGCUAGUGAAAACAACCUGACACGAAUUGGCAAGGAAGAACUUCAUCUCAAUGUGGUUCUUCUCACACUCAGUGAUAAUAAGAUCUCGGAGGUAGAGGAAGGAGCUUUUUCACAGCUGGACAAAUUAAGCAAAUUAGAACUCCAAAACAACUACCUAACAGAGAUUCCCCAAAUCUCCUCCACAGUUCACCAUCUCAACAUUCAAAGUAACAUGAUUAAUCACAUGGAAACUGAUUCCUUUCCACAAAAUUCUCAGCUUGAGGAGUUGUUCCUUCAGAGGAAUCUGAUUUCCAAUAUCACACAGAAUGUUUUCAGAAAUAUUCCUCUGCUUACCAAGCUAAGUAUAGGAGAAAACCUCAUUCAAAAUCUAAGUUCAAGAUUGUUUUACAAUGUGCCAAACCUGUCUCAUUUAAACAUAAACAAAAUACAUAUUGAAAAGAUUUCUGAAAGUGUGUUUGAUAAUCUAAAAACCCUUCAAACAUUGUCCAUGUCAGGAAUAACCAGCACACCAAAUUCCAUUCAAGGAAAUUUUCUACAACCACUGUUAGAUUUACAGUCUCUAAAUCUAAGAAACAGUCCUAGUGUAGCCAAAUACCUGCUGGAGUCCAAAGAAAUGCAGAGAAGUCUGGGAUACCUGUCUGAACUGAAUCUCAUGUCUAACAACAUCACCACCCUCGCCUCUCAAAUCAUGGGAAGUCUACCUCGUAUAGAAACUCUGAAUAUCUCUGACAACAACUUCCACUGUGAUCAGAGACUUGUCUGGUUCGGACAAUGGAUUAAACUUGGAUCCAGUCAGUUUCCGGAGCCUGAUAAAAUCGUCUGCUACACGCCUAGAGAACUUCAAGGUCGACCAAUCUACCAAAUGGAAAAUUCCGACUUUGUUCCAACCACGACGUCUCCGUCUAAUAAACAUAUCACUGUCAACAUAGCAACCUUUAAACCGUCACGGAAACCACUCGGACCCGACAGCAUGUCAGACGAGCAGACAUCGUCAGCUUCCUCUACAAACAGCCAGUUCAUCGCCUUGACAAUCUCUGUGUCUGUAUUUAUAAUCCUUGUGGCAGUAGCUUUCGUCGUCUUUCAUGUGUGUCGACAAUCACGCGGUCUGGUGUAUAACAGAUCCACCAUCAUCAAUCAUCCCCCUCCUGUCAACUUCUUCAUAUCAAAUGAAGAAAAUGCCCCUGUACCCCCGCCACCAAAAUUAUCCCGACAAGAUCGGAGCUCCGUGACCUCUCAGACGUCAAAAGACAUUACCAGCGAAGAGCAGGGAGUGAAAGUUUACACCUGGAGUGGAUGACCACUACACCUGGAGUGGAUGACCACUACGAACGACCAAUUCUCAUAAACUAUUAGAUACCUUGUUUUUAAAGUGACAUUUCAUCUAAGAGUCUUGCAAUACUUUAGGACCUUCUUAAUAAGACCCUGGUUUAAUAUGAUUAUUUGGUUUAUAUGAUGUUUUAAAACCAUUACUUAAUAAUCCAUGUAAAUUGACCUCAUUAUUAUGAUGCGCCAAAGAUGCAAAACUCCUUUAUUAUGAUGUCAAAAUCCUGCCCAUUUCUUUCUUCAUACCUGCAAUUGCUGUCAUCAGAGGUAUGAAGCACUUAGUUUGUUAUUUUUAUAAACUAGUGGCUAGCAGAGCUUCAAAUUUCCACUGAAGGGGCACAGAAACAAUCAGUACUGUACAGAGAUACAAAGCUACCUGGAGUAUGUGGUCAAGUCCAUUAUUUUAUCACACAUCUAAUUUACUGUCCUUCGAGGUGUGAAACCCUUAAUUUCUUCUUGUAUAGGCAAUGUGGCCUGCAGUACUUGACCAUUUCAUCAAAGUAUGUUAAAGUAAGGGGAUGGGGUUUGUAAAUUAACCCUCCAAUUCAUUGAAUCACAAAGCUACCUGAACCUCAAAGACUGUCAUUAUCUUGUUCAAUAAACAGAUACUAUCACAAAGAA